AUGAAUCUGACAUCGUUGAUGCAGCAAGCAAAAGUGGUUACCAAGAAAUUCUCCGAAAUGAUGUACAUACCGGCUGAGGAUGGCGAUGAGCCGCAGGUCAAUAGCACCGUAACUGCAGACGAAGCAGACAGCCAAGCAACCGCUGAUGAAGUAAAGAAGGAGCAGGAAGAUGAGGUGGAGGAGGCAGCUGACGCAACUGAGAAUAAGGAAAAUGUCUCAGCAGACGAGCCAUCAGUAGCGGUAUCAGAAUUGGACAGGAAUAGCCAGAAUGAUGGCGGAUAUGGCCUCGGAUUGGAUACGGAUGCGCUGGAAGCAAAUGCUGCUGCCACCAUCGAAGCUGCACGCAAAUAUGCCAAUUCGUUCUUUUCACUGGCCAAAGAGGCGACAGCAAAAGUUGCAACAACUGCUGAAGAAACUGCGAAAAAACUACAAAAUGUUGUCGCUGAAAAGACAAUAAUUGGCAAUUUGGAUAAAGAACAGGCGAAAUUCAACGAGGAAGUGGUUGCGGCGAAACUGACGCUAGGCACACUGCCGUGGUCCGAUCUACCGGAUCAGACAAUUGCAAAGAAACACAUUCUGGCGCUUUCAUUGGAUGCACGCAAUUUCACUCGAGAUCCGCCAUCUGAAACAAAUUUUAAUUUCACACAUAUGCAGUCGGUGGCCGCUGCACUGCUCGAAGAAGAUCCAAAUCUACGAAAGAUCCGGUUCCACCUUGUACCGAAACAGCUCAGUGAGGAGCGUUUUUGGCGCAACUACUUCUAUCGUGUAUCGCUGGUGCGCCAGUCUGCACUCGGAGAACAGGGGCUGCCCGUACCGGAGAGUGCGAUUUGUACAAAGGAUGUGAAACUUGCAAGGCCAUCAGAAUCAUCAGUUCAGGAUGCAGCAUCUGAAAAAGACAAAGUUGCUACUGCUGCUGCUGGAGCGGAUGUCGCCGGAUCAACUAACAAAGAGAAGAGCGAAAGCGAGGAUGACAGCAAUGAAGCGAAGGAUGCAAAACUGAAGCAAAUCCGAGAAACUGUCGCUAGCGCCAACCAAAAAAAAAGUGGAGAAGAUUGGGAAAAAGAGCUGCUGAACGAUUUCAAUGAUUAUGAACUGGUCACAGGCCAAAUGGAUAAAACGGAUGAGCAGUGGGAAGAAGAAAUCGCAGAGCUACUGCAUUCGGCCUGA